AUGAACCUAGUGGAGCUUAAGAAUGUAUUGUUUCAAAGGGCCACUGGAUCUGCCUCCAAAGUAUGCUCCAAACGACUGUUAUUUAAGAAUCCUAUAAACCUCAAUUUGAAUUCCGACAAACGUUGGGCGAUAAUUGGACACACCAAAUCGUCAUUCUUGGAAGUUUUAUCGGGUAAGCAUUUAGCAAUUCCAAUAGAGGGAAGAAAAUACCCCAUUUUGGCUAACGAACUGGCGUCCAACUCGAUCGAGCUGCUCCAAUUUUCCAAUAAUAACUACGGCAAGAGUGCUACCGGGACUGGUAAUGGUGGGUUCACGCAUCUGGGAGCAAGAUAUGAGUUCUUCAAAGACCUGGAGAUUGAUAUCAGAGUGGAUCAGUUCAUUAGUGACUACUCCUACAACGCAUCUCAUAAAGUUGAUAGUGACAAGAUCGCCAAUCUGAUAAAAACGUUCAAGCUGGACGGACUGGAAGACAAGUAUAUCAAUGGACUUAGUAACGGGCAGUUCAGAAGGGCUAGAUUAGCAAAAUCCAUCUACAAGGCACCCAAAAUUCUUCUCAUUGAUGAUCCAUUUUUGGGACUGGAUCCAAAUGCUACAGACUUAGUUUCGAAUGUUCUUAGCCAAGACCACGAGUCAGCAAUCCUGCUGGGACUAAGGAUUCAAGAUCCAAUUCCCUCGUGGAUUGACAACGUUGUUCUUGUAAACCAGGAUGGAGUUGUCAAGCACGGACCAAAGGAUGAAUUGGCACCUGAACUUGAGGCGAAUCUGGACGAAUUUAAGAAGUCUCAGGUUAAAGAACUAGAGAAUAUAAAAAAGAAGGAACUGGCCUUUAUAGAAAGACAGACUGCCAACACAGAUAAUUCAGAGAUAAUUUCCAUGAGGAAUGUCAAUGUAGCUCAUAAGGGAAAAAAGAUACUAACAAAUUUGAAUUGGAACGUUCGAUGUGGCGAAAAAUGGCAUAUCCGUGGACCAAAUGGUUCUGGAAAAACCACCAUUUUGUCAUUACUGACCUUGGAUCAUCCCCAAUCUUGGAACAAAAGUAUAUCUGUUUAUGGAGCCCCUAGACGUAUUGGUUCUACAAAUUAUUUUGACACGAAUAAAUACAUUGGUUUUACGUCUCCUGAAUUGCAUGCUUUAUUUCCAAAGAAACUGACUGUUUUCAAAGCUGUGUCCACAGGUUUCGUAACCGGAUCUUAUCUCCCUCCAAAUAAUUUGACGGCUGAUCAAAUUAAUAGAAUCAACAAUUUAUUGGAAUAUUUUCAAUUAGGAGAACUUAAAGACACUUCUUUCGAUGAAUUAUCCAUUUCCCAUCAAAAAGUUGUUCUGUUUAUCAGGGCUGUAAUAAAUAACCCCAGGAUUUUGAUCUUAGAUGAGAGCUUAAGUGCGAUGGAUGAAAAUGAUGUGUUAAGAUGUAAAGACUUUGUGAGCUCCUAUAACCAAGGAUGCGUCUUGGUGGUGGGACAUGUUGACGAGGAAGUCCCUAAAUGUGACAAGUACCUACAGCUCAUUGAUGCACCCAAAGGCGAAUACAAGAUAGGAUACGUCUGA